AUGUUCAUGCCUCACUUGGUAUCCUCUACAGCUCUAUACCUCUCACCCCCCUCAGUGCUGAGCAAAUGCCUCAAAGCAUUUCCAGUAGGACCUUCACUAUUUCCACUUCCAUUUCUACUAGCAUCAUUCCUUUGUCUACAUCUUCAACUGUCCCUGAGCCCAGCUUUGACCCCGACUCUGACCCCAGUUCUAGAUCUGAGGCCAACUUCUCCCCCUCCUCCUUGCUUAUGUUUUCCUCACUUGCUCACUCCUCCACCUUCAUCCCCACCACCUCCUCCACUACUCACUGUUGGUAGGGCCACACUGAUUAUCAUGGUCAUUGUUCCAGUGUUGAUAUAUCAUUUGAAGAAGAGAGCUAGACAAUGGUCUUCAGAGGCACUUUCAGGUUCCCCUGAUGGGAGUUCUGAUCACAACAGGCUUAGGAUGACUCAGAGUGUAGUAGGCAAAAUCGGUGGGAACCAUGACUUAACUGCAGGUGAGACAGGUGCUGCAGCGCAAUGUGCUGUUCUCGUUCCAUUCUGA